AUGACAACGAUUCCAUCCAACUCCGAAUCACAAAGUCUUAUUACUGAAAAAACACAGUUUGAAGUCGGAAGAAGUUUAUAUUGCGAUUCAUCAGCUGGCUUGAAGCAGAACAUUGAAGAUUUACCCCAUCCAAACCAUCGACGAGCAAUAGGCCUCACCGAUCAUGACCACCCACAAUAUUACGAUCAAGUUUGGUUAGAUCAUCAACAAGCUCCGUCAUUAACUAGGUUUUCAGAAAACGUUCUUCCAGAAAACCCUCCAAGGUCUUCCCAACACACUUCAAGUUCCAGUCCACCCUUAUCACAAGCCGACUGGGAGAACUACGUGUUUCACAUCCUUCAUGAGAUUGAGGAGCAGGAAUCAGUCAAUCAUAACUCAAAUGGAAACCAAUUUGCUGGAUAUUACCGAACACAAUCGGAGGGGGUAAUUAAUGAUCAGUCCAGUAGGAGUACUCAGCCUCCAGUAACUUGUAUUCCAACAAUACCUGAUCAUGGCCCCAUACAACCUCCAGCAAUGAUAGAAAACCCCAGACUCUCAACAUCUCAUCUUCCAAAUCAUCGGGGAAUCAUGGUCCAAGAGAAUAAUGAACUUGGCUACCGCGAGUCACUCAUACCAGGAUCCAACGGAUUAUCAAAUCCAAAUGGGGCUUUCAUUGGCAGUGUGCAAAACAGAAAAGAAACGAGAAUACCGAUGACGGUCACGAACAUCAACGGACACUCAGCUAGUCCAGAGCCCAUGUCCCAGAACGGGCUCCUUGAACCAUCGGAUCUUGGAUCCCUCUUGCGAGGCCUAGAACAAGGCUUGGUUGAAGUUCUUGGUCAGAACAGGAGACACAACAACAUCAACAAGAGCCAUUCGAAAUCGUCCGACCAUCCAACUCUACAUCCAUCGCUGGCCGGGAAAACACCUACGCUUGGCAUGCAUCAGUCUUCGCCCACCGGUCCUAAUUACUCCAAUCUGCCUGCAACAGCGACACCUUCCGACACUUCUAAUCCGGAAAUCCCCGUCAAUUUCUCCUAUCAAGCUUUGCUCCAUUCCGAGCUUCCUCCGAUCCAGCUUUCUCCAACUAACACUCCUCCACCUUUUUACCCAGAGCAUCCAAAUUCUGGAAGGUUCAAUCAUCACCCUUUCUUCAAAGACAUUGGAAAAUCAUACAUGCGUGUUGCGAAUUUGGGGCCACUUCAUCCUCCUGAGACUCAUUCGAACAGAGGGGGGCCAUUGAACCAACAGUCAGGUGAGAUCUUAUCAGAGGAAACAUGGGUGGAUUUUGAUCGAGUCAGUCCGAUUCCGACGAACCACAACAACAACAAGUCGAAAGCCCAAGGCUUGAUUACUAGACCGACAGGGGAUGAUAAGCACAGCACAGCAGAGCCUCCCAGAUUUCUCGGACGUGGUUCAACUUCCAGCCCAACGGAUCGUGACGAUCAAAGGUCGAAAAUCUUCAGGUUUGACGCCCAAGUGUUUCGGUUUGGAUCUGCGGAAGGAAUGGCGCAGACAGACCAUCAUGAAGGGUUCUAUCAAGAGUUCAUCGACGAGAUCCAAGCGACUCCGUCCAAAGAACUCGUCAUUUUGGAUUGUCCUUCGAUCAAGAGGUACCGCAACUUGAUCAAACAGAUCGUCCAUUCUCAAGCGUUACUUGCAGAAGACCACUCCCCGCUAAGUCCAAAACGGCAAAAACUUGAAGAUGGUGAUCGUUCACGAGGACCCGAGCGGACGAAAAGGGUGAAGAAAAUGAGGUUGGCGGAGCGACGAUCGAUGCUGACGGAGGCGACGAAUCUGGUGUUCAAGAACCGUCGACUAUGGUACAAGUUCUGGGGCGAGCGGACGGGGAUCCACUUCGAGACGGUGGAGGUGCUGCACAAGGCCGGAUACUCGCAAAAGCUGGUGGAGAACGAAUUUGUGUUGUUCAUCUUCUAUGUGGAUAUGAUUGCGACGAUCAUCCCGGUCUACGACUCCGAAAGGAUCACCGACCCGGCGCAGCGGGCUCUUCUGCGCGAUUAUUAUAGUGCCCGAUUGCUCGAGAAUGCUCUCAAUAGAUAUAGGCUCUUGGGCAUCGUCCAGGUCCAUCUGGGCGAGCUCCAUACUUACGUCAGACCGAAAUCUAAAAAACCUCGAAUUCGAAAAAAAUCCCUGUCUUCGACUCGCCGUCAUCAUCAUCCUUCGAAAACAACAACAACGAAGUCUUCGACUUCGAUCAAUUAUCUUGAUGAUGAUGAUGAUGAUCCGGAUUACAAGAAGUUUUGUGGCAGGGAUCUGUUGGCUAAAUUGUGGCUCUCACUAGCGGCAUUCAUCAAAAGCUUGCCAUCCGAAUAUCAGAUCCUUCGUGAUAUCUUGCUCGAAGAGAGACAUCCUUAUGUGUCCCAUUAUCCGAAAAUGUUCUUCAAUGAUCUCUUCUCUUACUCUAUCCUCAUCUUAAACCAACGCUUGAAAUCUUAUUAUUCACGUUCAUGA